GCAUGGUGACUCUCCACGGUGGGUGAUUCACCAAGUUCACGCUCUCCAAAUUCUCAAAACAACUUUAGAGUGUGGAAAGAUGAAUGACCUGUUGUUGCUGUUGUGGACACAGUGGAAUGUACACAUGCCUCGUCUAAGUUGGUUGCCAUGUAAUAGAAUGGGAGAGAUUGAAGGCAGACUAGUGGUAGGAGUAUAUGAUGGUAAGCUGUAUGUUCUCAUUUACAAACGUGAUAAGUGGGAAACGUUUGUCAGAAAGCAUUGUCACAUCAGGAAUGUGUGUCAUCAAGGUGUGUGUUUGGUGUGUGUUGAUGAUGAAGAUAGACAUCAGCUUGUGAUUGAACAAUUUUAUUUGAAUAAAGACGACAAAUGGCGUUUCCUCACAGUUCUACCAAAUGAACUGCAGUUAUUGGUGUAUCUGUUGCUCUUCAUGACAACUCACGUACUGUAUGUGGUUGGUGGUAGGACUGAGUCAAUGGAGACAGUAAACACUGUACGCGUGUGUGACCUUCACAGCGGUCAUUGGUCUAAGAUGGAUGACAUGCAAACAAAGCGUUUGAGCUGUUUUUCUGUUGUUAUAGACAACACAGUGUUUGUAGGAGGAGGAUUGACUGGUGGAUUUUGCUCUAGUAAUAUUGUUGAAAGUGCAGGUGUUGGUGUUAGGAAAUGGAGAACAAUCUCCUGUACAACCACGUAGACAUCAACACUGACGUCAGUCAUUAACAGACUGGUGGGGACUGGAGGAGAGACACUACAGUGGUCAUGGUUAAGUUCUACUUCUACUAUUGUAGAAUUAUAUGAUGGGAGAUCUACCACACAUGACACACAAACGGUGCUUCCAUGCUGCAUUCUCAACUCAGGAUAGAGAACUCAUCACAGCAGGAGGGUUGCUUACUCCAAAUUCAAUUGAAAGUCUGAAGUGUGAUUAACCAUUUUCUUUCAGUUUGUUUGUAUUUGUUAUAUUAUAAUCUUUAGUGAUUGUCCAAAAGACAGUAAAUUAUUUGUUUUGACAUUUGGUGUAAAUCAUGUUUAGAUAUGUCUGUUCGUCCAAAUUUCAGUGUAAACGUAUACUUUCUGUGUUACAUUAAUUCAGAAAGGCUGUCCAAU